AUGCAAUCAGUACACUUCUUUAUUCUCAUCGCUUUUUUAACAAUGACAUUUAGCCAUGCAUUUCCAUACGCAUCUCGAUCUUCUUACGAUGAAGAAACAUUACCAAUAAUGCCCAAUCCUCGUCAUGUACGACGUGAAGAAUACGAUCCCUAUGGUUUUAAUUCAAUUUUAAGUCGAUACAAUAAACGUUCCAAGUUAUACGACACGGUCAAAGAUAAUAAUUAUUCUCCUAACGAACUGAAUUUUGAUUAA